AUGACUGUCCUGGCGAGGUACCUCCCGAUUCUACCGCUUUUAUUGCUGGGAUUGGGACUGCUUUGGCUUGGGCACGACAACGGCGCGGAGACGCCCACGCAGUCCCGCCUGGCAUCGGCGUCAAAGGCGGGCAAGGCACAAGGCCAGGAAGGCCGCGAGAAAAGGGCGCUCUUCAGCGGCGGUGCCGGCAGCCAGUCAUCGCAGAAGGGCGGCCCAGGAAAGGGCAAAGAGAAAGCGGACAACCCGCAGGUUACAAAGAUCGAAUUUGGACUGCCCCCCUCGAUGGUUCAAUCCUUACAAUCGAUCGCGACCAGGGCUACACAGGACUUGUGGAGCCAGACAGCCUUUACUGCCGAGAAUGCCACCGUCGAACAACUAGCCCAGCGGAGUGCAAACGCCCUGGGCCGACUGUCGAGGCGGUUGAACGGCAAUGUCCGCGCCAAGAAGGACCUUCAGGAUGCGCUGCUGGCAUGGCUGUCUACAAUGGGACAGCAUCUUUUGGGCCUUGCCCACCGUGUAGAUGCUCUCAGCCGGAAAGUGGACGAGGAUACGGUCGCUGCAGUGGAGGAAAUGCGCCAAGUCAUGGCGGCACAACCCUCUGUGACCACGGAGGAGCAGCUCGACCGUGCGAUCCAGUCUCUGGGACCAGUGUGGUCCGAGGGCCAAGUGUUGGAGGUUCAGCGUUUGGCAGCAGCUCUUCGAGCCUUCUCCACGACCCUGGCCAUGCCUUCGGGGACUCACGGUCCAGCGCCAGGGCUUGCAAAUGUGCACAGAGGCGGCCCCUUUCUCGGGAUGCAAGCUGCAGCAGGACCCUCUUCGGAUGUUCCUAUGUUUCCUGGCCCUCAGCAGCCCGCUGGAGACCAUGCUGCCGACCACAGCUCGGAGAUGAGCUUUGGGCCCUUGGGCAACACAUCCAGCCAGGCCCUUUCCGGAAUGGACGGUCAGCGAAGUGGCCGACGGCGGAAACGCAGCGGAGGCAAUGUCGAUCGGCCCUCCAAAAGCCCGCGUCGGGACCUGGAGGGUGCACCGUGGCCUGGAGAAGCCACAGGACGUACCCCCGAAGGCCUCAAACGCGAUGCCCAGACUGCUGUUGCCGACGACGACCCAGAACUACUGCCGGCCACUGCAACAGAAAGUGCCUGGGUUGUGUCAUGGUUGGCUCUCCUUCGCUUCGCUGUGGACAGUGGAGCCGACUUGGUGGGCGAAGUCAGCUGCUGCCCCCAGCAAGACAAGGCCAUGCAGCUCACUCUGGAUGCUCAAGCGCAGGAUGUGGUUCUACGCACUGCCGAAUCGGUCUGGACUGCGUUGGGAAAUGCUGUGGCGGACCCGGCUCAUGCCGACCUGCAAUCGCUUUUUCUAUCUCUGCAGGGAUUUCUACACAGUGUACGGGGAUGCGCCAAUGCUCUGCCACAGGUUCGUCAGGGACUGCUGGUGGCUGCGCUCCUGUCCAAUGGGAACCUCAGGGACCCGUUUGCAUAUGCCCCCUCUACCGCUCAGGAAUGGUUGUUUCCGGACCUUCUCCUGGAAGCGGGGGUGCCAUUGCGCGGGUUUGUGGCAAAGGCCAGUUGGACCGGACACCUGCCAGAACGAACUCGAGUGACCUUUGAUGUUGUCGAGCAGCAUCGGCUUUCCGGCCGACUUCCUGAGGCAAUGUGGCCCUACUUGGGCGCACAGACACUGGCAGCAUUGCUCUUCAUCUGCAGCGGCCUUGAUUUGGGCCUGCCUGUCCCUUACGUCCUCCUCAUGGGCCUGCACGUCGCGCUGCUGUUGCUGUACUUCUCAGUUGCUGAUGGGGCUACUCUCAACCUUGGGGCCGCGGUUGUCUCUUCUUGCUUCAUGCAUUCCCCUGAAGCUGUGCAGCUCCACGCCCACGGAUUUCACGAAGGCCUGCCUGUUCUCAGUACCGGACCUGUCCUCCCCACCCCGACCGUGGAGGAGAUGUGCGAGGUCUAUCCGGUUGGGCGUACGGGGAAUCUUCUUCUUCCUCGCACAGAUCGGAACCGAAGGCAUCUUUCUGUCUUUGUGGGUACGCCUCCCGGCGCUCCGAUCCUGGAACCGUGUCCCAUCCCUCUCCUGGUUGAUGAAUGGCUGCAUGGCCCUCUUCUCCACGCUAGGUUGGCAGCUUCGCUGGGCUUUCCCUCUGGGGUGUUCUCUGCCUCUGCUGUCCGGGGUGUCCUCCCAGGACUGCCAGGUGAGCAAAUUCUUCUGACCCCCGCUGCCUGCUCCUGGCGACAAGUGUGGCUGCCUGUGGAUCUGCGUCAAAUCGGAGGCCGUAUCUGUAUGCUUCAGUGCCCUCGUGACUCCACUUGCAGAGCCAUUGCCCAACUUGCCCUUUCCGCCCAAUCCUUGCAAACUGAGGUCGACCUUCUCCUUGCUCGAUGCCCGUGGGGCUGGUUGACUCUUGUGUCCCAGCCCCUUUUCUUGCAAGAUGUUGACACUCUGCAAUUCCAGCUCGGGCCGUCUACGGGAGCGCUGGAAGGGCCUAUAGGUGCCUCACUUGACCCUCCACUGUCUCUGUUUUCGACCAUGCAGGUCAGUUUGCCCUCUGCUCCACUCAAUCAAGAGGCUUUCCCAGGUCACUCACACAACCAGGCCAUCCUCAUCACUCCGAAUGGCCUGGUCUAUGUCGAAGCCCCGGUCUUUGCGGACGCAGCCACAUUUAGGCGCAUCGUCUCGACUCGGGCCUCAGCCAGUGCCACUGGAGGAAUCAUGCGCAUUUGGCAUCCUCUCCCUUCCCUGCCACUUGUCCAGUUUCUGGAAAUCCACUGCGUGGGCGACGAAGACUCCUCCUCUUCGUCAGAGGAGCAGGUUGGAGGCUGGGAUGGCCCGGAUGCGUCAGACACCAUUUCGGCCUCUUGGCUUCAAGUUGGGGACUUCGGCGAUGGGAGCUCUACGCUGACCGUGCUUUUUGAUGUUGGGGUUGAGAUCGUAUGCGUUGAGCUUCCCCUUGAUUAUUCUGCCGAACAGGUCCUGGCAGCCGCGCAAGGAGAAGGCGUCCUCUCCUUUGAGGUGCCUCACGCGGCUGAGGUCGACUCUGCCCUUCUUCAUGCCCUCCUGCGGCAGGUCCUGCCUGGGAAGCACAUUUUCAUCGAGAUUCCCGAUACCGGGGCCCUUCCCCAUGCCACGUUUGCUGCAGUGAGUUCGGGGCAAGACUGCAUCAUUUAUCGUCUUACUGACGCCUCUGUCCCGACGGCCCCGGGGCUCUUUCUUGCAUUCUCUGGAGUAUUUGACUCCUUUUCUGCCUUCUUGGAGAGUCUCCUCAGCAGUGGGCGGCCCGCCGCCGGGCUCCUCCGCAGCCUGCGCACCUUUGGUCUCUCUGUGCUUACCUGGGAACGCGCCACCAUCCCUACCCGUGACGACUGCCACUUCUGGUAUGUCCAUGUGCAAGCCGAUUUCGCGCGGGCGCGGCGCCACGCUGUGCAUUUCUUUGGGCACCCCCGCGCCAUUCGGCAACCUUCUGUGCUGCCCCCGCCUCGGGCGAGAGCUGUUACACAUGUGGGUGUUCAAACCAAUGCCCCCUUUAUCACGGCUAGCACCCAGGCCGCUGUGUUGCAAUCACCCCCGUCCUCAUGUGGGGCAGGAGUUGUGCCGGAUUCCGCGUCUGAGCUUGUUAGCCUGUGGUGUGAUUCUUGGCACAUUAAAUGUAUCAUAGCCUGCAUUCCAGGUUUCACUGUCUGGGCACUGAGGGAAGGCGGCCGCCUUGUUGGAAUGUGCACUCCUGUCCCGACUUGGGAAGCUGUUACUCGAGCACUUUCCCUCUCUCUUUGGGAACUUCCCCAGACCUUCCUCUCUGAUAAUAAUCAGGUCUGGCCGUACCCUCGGGAUCUUGCGGACGUCACCAGGAAGUGCGUUAGUGUAGGAUAUGAUUCGCCCGAGGGCGUUUCGCAACUGCUGCGUCACUGCACAGCACCUUCUCCCAGCCCACCGCCCUCUCCCCCUGCCUCCCAUUCCGCUGCACUUGGCUUAGCUUGUCUUAGUAAGGGUAAGCCUUGGCUGGGGUUUCUUCUCUUCGCUAUGCAAGCGGGAUCUGUGCAGCUCGCGAUCACGUCAACUGCCCUCACUUCGCGAGUGGGAGCCGAUGAUCCUCUGCUUCCUCGGCGAGACUAUACGCGGACCUGCACCCUCUCCUGGACUCAUGAGUUAGGGCGUCAGACUUAUGGCUUUGCGGUUGCCGCCCCUCAACUCGGCGCUUAUGUGGAAUGCACCUCGCCGUGGUCUGAGGUCCAAAUCCAUUUGUGGUUGCCAGGCCAAGGUCCGGUUCACAUGCGAGUCGGUGCCCGCCACAUGGACAUGCACCUCAGCGCCUACUUGGGUGCUUUCCUGCCCGAUUGCGAAUACGGUCUUCAUGUUGCGUACGACUCCAACCCUCAGGUCCUAGACUUGGUCGUCGCGCCUCCUUCUCCUGUGGCGUGGUGGAUCCUGAGAGACUCUAUUGGGUGCGAGUUGCUUCGGCCGGUCAUCCAGCACUAUACUUCGCACUGCUCCUUUUUCUUCUGCACAGUCGAGCCCGACGGGGUUGUUCUUAGUGUUGAGCCCUCAGCCGAAGUCCGACAAAUGUCUCCGAGCCCGCAGGGGGCUAGAGCUUUGAUCUCGCGUGCCCUGCCCGGCCUCAUUGGUCAGGUGAUUGAUGGCACGUUGCUGAUUGCUGCAGCUAAAGCAGGGCCUUUGGUUCUUGGUCACCUUGCAAUGCUCUUGUUAACUUUUCAUGCGGCUGCGAUGCAACCACCGCAGGCGCAUCAACUUGUACCGGUUGCUGAGGUUGCUCCCUCACCGUCCACCAUGCGCAUCUGGACCUUAAAUGUUCCGCAGCCAGUCGACCUGCCUUGGCGUCCCCAGGGGUACCAGACCCGGUGGCUCCGUGAGUUGAUGUGCCGUCUCCACCAUAUUCCGGAUCCGGGGGAGUUCCGUUCCACUCACUCCCAGCAAGGGGGUACUGUUCAGCACGUUCUCUUUGUGCCUGUCGUACCUCCAACCCUUCCUACGGCCAGGUUCUGGCUCCUCCAUUGGGGCGCCGCGGCGGUCGUCACCUUCGGUCACUCGCCCUUCAAUUGGGAGGUUGUCUAUGCUCACCUCCGCACUCUGUUUCAAGGUGGCCAAUUGCCGGAGCGGUGCCCCACACUUGCUUAUGCUGGCCAGUUCUAUGCCCCUGGCACGGUUCUGCCGGACUUCCCCUCGGGUGCUAUUAUCCAGAUUUUAGUCGGGGCCCUUGAGCGGCUACCUGGUGACGAUGACCCCUGGAACCCGGAGCCUUUCGUUGUUGAGAGUCCUUACUUUCGUCACAUUCCCAGUCGCGGCCCUGCGCUUGAACCGGCCAUUGUUCUGGAUGGUCAUGGCAACAGGUUGGCUGCCGGAGCUCUGCAAUCCCCUCUGGUCGAUCAGGGGGUUCAAACCGACUUUUCCGGAAAUGGCACUGGCCUUGAUCAUGCAACUGUCUCCAGGGUGCAUCAUCUCUCCCAGGAGCUCUCGUUCCACACUGCUCGGCUCUGGGCCGGCCUCGCCGAGCCUGAUGCCGAGCCGGCAGGCGACAAUCCACCUGUCUUGAGACUCUCCUCCCAGAGUGCAUGCGCGGCUGAUACCUCUACGACUGAUCUUUUGGAUCUCAGUGAUGCAGCAGGUUCUCAGGCUGUGUGCAGACUGCCGUGGGCAGCUUUGCUUCUUCUUGGCGUUCAGGUGCCUCGCGCCCUUGGGGCGGUUGGGAGUCUCCUUGUUCUUGCUACCCUCAACUCGGGGUCCAUCAUUACACCACCGCAGGCUAGCUCUGAGGAAGAGCAGGUUAAUGAUACUGCCCCUCCGGCUGUGCAGGCCACUAAUAUGUCAGCGGCGGACUGGGCCCCCGCACCCGUUGUGCGACCAGCCGGCCCUCCCCCGCCAGAGCCGGUGAAUGCUCCCUUCCAACCUCACAUGAUGUUUCUUCGCGCGGCGAGGCCACUUGAGGAUUAUGCCUUGAGACAGUGGCCCUCCACGGUAGAUAGGGAACCUGCAGCCGAUGAAGAUACGGUGCGGCGGGUCCAGGCUGACCUCCAAGGCCUUCGAUGCGGGAUCCGAACACUGGCAGCCGCGAUCCCACUUGGCACGCCCUUUUGCAUCCAUAACCCGUUUACCGCACGGCAGCAGUGUGAGUUGGUCGAGUAUUCAGCGGGCCCCGAAAUUAACCCCUUCGUCCUCUUCGCGGGUCAUGCUAGAGGCCGCGGCUGGGCAGGUCUGGUGCUCCUCCAGCCCCAGCCUGAUGCCAGGGCAGUUUAUUUGAUUGGCUGUCCUCAGGCGGCCGGUAACGUAGCUGUAGGGGUCGCUAUUGAGCACCGCUUAAUUCCCUGCUGCCUCCCCGCGACUGUUGAUAUCGCUGCCCUCAGGGCCCUGCGCUUGGAUGGCACCGAAUAUGACCUUCGGCCGCCUGAGGCCAAGCUAGCCGGGAUCCUGCUGCUGCUAGUGGAACGGUUCUUCGCAGCCGCCUUGGCUCUACCUGGCUUGUUGCUGCCAUUCUACCCAGCCUGGUCCAGAGUAUGCACAGACCUGGAGGAGACCCCCCACUCGCAAGUCUGGGCGCAGUUCCGCAAUGAUGACCCGGGUUGGGCGGAAGACUUCUUCCCGGUUUGGCCGGGGCCGGCAUUCAAUGAACUUUCUAUCGUCCCAAUUGGACGUGAUCCAGCUUUGGUCACAUUGAUGCUUAUCUGGCGGGGCCACCACCGGGCCACACUUGUUCCCCGCACGAUGACCGUGGACUGGAUUACGUCCUUCACGGCCAGACAUAUCAAUAGCGCUGUCGGGGGUGUGUCUCUUCCCCACGGGCUUGCCGUCUGCGAACUUUUUGAUGUGCCACCUGCCGCGUUUAGGUUCCGCAACGGGGACGUCGUGUAUGUACAUGAUCCACCAGAUGACCCCGAUGAGCCACUCGAACUAGUUGAGCCCUGGCAUCUACAGGAUGGCCUGGCUGCACAUCACGCCCCUUGGGCGGUCGGAUUUCAGCUCAUGUUCCCGAUUUCAGUCCAUUUGCUGCGACCUGGAAAACCGCCCUUGCUCACCACUAUACCGGCCGGCGAAUCUUGGUGCCCUGAAGCGUUCUCCUUUUCAGGUGAGUUCCAGCACCAUUUCCCGGGCAUGUGGACACCUGUCCAAUGGACGAGUGCCCGUGCCCUGCAGCUUAUUGAGGUCAACGGGGUCGCUGCUCGAGUCAAUGUUGUCGCGGCCACGCCGGAGGGUCGAUUAUGCCGUACUGUCGACCGCAUUGCCUCUCGGCACAGCGUUGCUGACCAGCUCCACUUCUGUCCAGAUUCGAUACAAGUUGGCGGAGUGCCUGCGUAUGCCUUGGACCAGGCCUGCGAACUCAGGAACGGUGAUGUGGUGUUUGGGGCAUUCGAUCGGAGUGCAUGCCCUCGUAGCCCAGGCUCCCCGAGCUGGUGGCUCGGUGUGACCCUCACCACCUUGCAUCUGAGCCAGCAGCGGCAGACGUGUCUGCCUCUUCUUGUGGGUUAUACCCUUUCCUUCCACGCCGGUCUCAGCGACCCAUAUGCCAUCACUCCCUUUCAUGCGCCUCACACUGCCGCUGCACUUAGCUGCCAGUCGCUAAUCGGAGGGUCCUCCUGCUCUGCUGAUGAGGAUCCUCCCUGGAGUGGCAUGGCCCUGGGCUGCGCCUCAUCUGCCAUGGGUGGCCCACAGUCUUGGUGGCGGGGCUCUCUUUGCUGCCCCAUCCUUCCUGGUGUCUCGGCCGCCCUCCUGUUUUCCGGCCUACGCGGCAUUGCCCUUCUGGCGGCCUCCGCGUGUAUCCCUGCUUCUCAGGCCAUGCUUCAACAAGCGUCCGCCUCGUCAGCCACUGUCCCGGCUGCUGCAGCUCCUCGCGUCACUGUUACGGUUGCUAACCCUUUUGCCCCUUGGAAUCGGGUCGAAGCCGACCCGCGCAACCUCUUUGACGAUGUCGUCGCUGAUGCGCAUCACACUUUAGCAUCUUGGCAUCAGGGUUUUGCAGCUACGGGACUUGUGCUGGACAGCACCCAGGUUGUUGUUCCCUUGCCCGGGCGUCGCUUGGUCUGCUUGUUGGUGCAAGGCAUGGGUCAGCUGCUUUGCGUUGUCCUGCCAGCUUUCAUGACCCCGCGGGAUCUCACGCAAGCCAUUCAAAUGCGACUCGGCAAACGAGUCAGCGUCAGCCUGCUACCUGGACUGGCGGCUACUGUCCGUGCCAGCCGUCCGGUCCUUGCUCUGAGAUCUGGGGAUAUUAUUGCUAUCAGCCCACUUCAGCUUGACCCACUUGCCGGGCCGCGGAACCCACCUGUCUUUCUCACAUGGGGGGCUGCCCAUGCUGCGGCCGCGUGGCACUCAGACUUUCUCGUUGCUCAGGCCUCCUGUGUUCUGCUGUGGUCGCCUGGCCGCCCUACUCGAGUCGCCCUUUUAAGGCAUCAAGCCCGAUGGAUUGCAGCUGCCGCCACGGUACAUCACCAUGAACAAGAGCUAGGAACCCACCGCUGGGCACCUUGCCAUGGUCACCUCGGCGCCCCACCUUGGCUCGUUGAACAGUCUGAGGUGGCUGGCCGCGCUAAUAUUAUCCAGUCCUGCGACUCUACUCGUUGCAUUGAAGUGGAGCGCGACGCCCAUGACCUUCACAUCUCAGGUUAUACUGUUCGCCCUGCCUCAAGUCACGCCUGUCGCACUGCCACUGUGCGCGAUGGCGACUGGUGGGUCCACUCAGCGGCCGCUGGGCUGCUUGGGCGCCAUCUCUCCUUCCCAGCACAGCUCGCCUGGCUUCUCUACAGCCUUGCCGCCCAUGCCUGGGCUGGGUCUUCGAGCUGCCCAAGUGUUGACUCCUCCGAGGCUAGAACCAUCCGCACCCGCCGGCGACCCAGCCGUAGUCGUUCACCGGGUUCACAGUGGCCGGGACGGUUUUUCCCUCCUCGAGUUGACUUUAAUGAUGGGGAGCCCUACGUUCCGCAGAGUGGCUGGCAACCUGACGCCCCAGACGGCCCACUCGCACGCUGCUUUCCGGGGCCUCGGCCGCAGACCGCCAGAGUCCUCUGCCCCCUGCGGGGCUGGAGCGAGCUCUUGUUUAUUAACCUGGCAGGCACCUGGCGGGAAGUGGAGCAUGAAGGUGCUCGGCACUGCGGUCUUUGGUCGCGCAGGUUCUUUCCGGUGCGCGCUGUGCUUCCCGUCUCGCAGCUCACUCUUGCUCCAGUGGCCCCGUACGGCCUCGCUACAGUUGUCUUUCACAUGGAAAGUUGCUCAGCCGUGGCUUUGGCGUCUGUUGACUCCAGUUUGGUUGACCUUCAGCGGCUCGCCGCCCGUGUGUUCACGCAUGCUCGCUACUGGCGAGUGGUUGCGCCGCCUGUGUUACGCGCGGCCAACCCGCACACUCAUCUACGGUUGCGUAACGGCGACGCCUUUAGUCUUGUUCCUGAACAAUCUCAGCCAGAGGCCACCCGCUUCCCACUGCUGCAGUACCCCUCCCUCGAGCGGGCCCGACAGGUUGCCAGCUGGUCUCUUCCUUUUCGGUUUGACUCUGGUGGGCUCGUAGUUCUCUGGUACUCUAAUCGUCGGCAUGGGCACUACAUUAGGAUUAGGGAUACGGGCUACUGGGACCCUGAAGGUCCCACCUUUUGGAGCCUUAACGGGGAGGCUUUGUCAGGUUCAUGGGUCCCGGUCCUUACGGGUGACCUGUCGAGUCUUCACUUGGUGCAUCAAGCUUCCGUUGGUGAGGCGCACGUUCUCUUCCUUCUGCCGCCGGACCUCAUGCCACAGGGCCGGCGGCUCGCGGGCUGCAAUGCUUAUCGUGCCCCUCCUGGGUGGCGACUUCUGCCAGCUCUGCAAUAUGUUCGCGCGGACAGCCCUCUUCGAGACGGCGAUGUGCUAGUCAUCGACCCAGACGCCAGCAUGGUCUGGGACCCCUUCGGUCCACUUCCCUCUGCGGCCGUAGAGGAGUCUCAUUCUGAUUGGCCCUCCUGCUCGUAG